AUGAUGACAUGUCGAACUUUGGAAAAAAGGACAUCUGGAAUGACAUGGCCACUUUCCCAUUUCUUGCAGUUGGCGCAGUGGCAAGUGGACGUGGCUCUCAAAGAGAUUUGUCUCCUGAUUGGCAAAUUUUCAACUGGUAUCGCGGACCAAAGGCGACGUUGCACCUGCCCUGCGACGCAAGCGUAUUCAGGGGAUGGACUUCCUGUUUCUGCUGUGCCAGGUUCGGCUCAUAAUAGUACUGUAUCCCACGUCGUUCCGGCCAAAAGUCUGCAAUCAAGAGACUGGGAGGUGCAAGGGAGGCGAGAAGGAUCGCCUAAAACAACUAAGCUCCCCUUGUCCACUCCAGGAGAACGCAACGUUUUACCAAAAACUCAUGGGACUAGGAGCUUGCAACUUGCCUUCGAGUUUUUAAUUAUUAUGCAAAACACAGUAAUGGAAAAGAGUUUCCUGAUUCCGGAAGAAAGCCUGGCGCCAGGAAAGAAGAGGUUGCAGGAGUUAUGCAGGCUACCGAAACGGAAAAGGACUAGCGUGAGGAACUGCACUUGUAACGCCCGUUCGCUUGCAUCAGAUGCGGCCAUUGAAGGUCUGAUGAUGCUAGUUAGGAAGUUUAAGUACAACGUCAUCGGGCUGACCGAGACGAGGCGACACCACUCACUAAACGCCGUGUAUGACAGUGGAGAAGAACUGUUCUUAGAAACAUGCGACAGUAGAGGAGUUGGUGGAGUUGAUGUCCUUGUCAACACGAAUAUGGCAGUAAACAUAGACUCUUUUGAACAAAUUACAACCCGAAUCGGACGUUUACGGAUGAGAAGAUGUGUUCCAACGCCAACUUUGACAAUCCUCGUCGGUUACGCUCCAACAUCAAGCUACGGAGAAGAAGUCGAAGCUUUCUCUGGACCUGGAGAAGUUCUACAAAAAAGAUCAUACCUUCUACAGAGUAAUGAUUGUUGA